AUGCAGAGAAAUUUCGACGCGAUCGUUGUUGGUGCAGGCUUCGGGGGCAUUUACAUGUGCAAGAAAUUGAUCGACCAGGGCCUAUCAGUCAAGGUGAUUGAGGCAGCCUCCGAUGUUGGAGGAACUUGUACCGGGUCCCACCUGUAUCGCUAUUCUUGGGACUUGGAAGACCUCCGCCAGUAUCCAUGGGGGCGCACCUAUGUGCGUCAGGCGGAAGUCUUGGCAUAUCUACAGCACGUUGUCGAGCGCCAUCGACUUCGACAAUACAUGCAAUUUGACACGGAAGUCAUCUCAGCCGACUGGGAUGCCAGAUGCAACCUGUGGGUGGUUCGGACCGAUACUGGUCAAAAGCUAGAAGCCAAAUAUCUCGUCACCGCAGUCGGCCUUCUUUCUAGACAGAAUUUCCCGAAGUACCCUGGCAUCGACCGAUUCAAAGGCGAGCUCUACCAUACUGGCUCGUGGCCCAAAGCGCACGAUUUCAAAGGAAAGCGGGUUGGAGUUCUUGGGAAUGGCUCAACUGGCGUGCAGGUCAUCACUGCGUUGGCCGAUGAAGUCGAGCAAUUACUGUGCUUCCAACGAACGCCUCAAUAUGUUGUGCCAGCCGGAGAUGUCGUGGCGACGCCGGAAUAUCGCAAAGAGAUCAAUGACUCGUACGAGGACAUCUGGAAGCAGGCCAAGAACAGCCAAUUCGCUUUCGGUUUCGAGGAGAGUAAGAACCCUGCGAUGAGUGUUGGCAGCGAAGAGCGUGAGAGGAUUUUCGAGGAAGCAUGGCAGCAAGGCAACGGUUUCCGAUUCAUGUUUGGCACGUUCUGCGACAUUUCGUACGACGAAGAAGCGAACAAGGAAGCUGCAAACUUCAUCAAGAAGAAAAUACGGGCCACAGUCAGAGAUCCGGUGAAGGCGAGCAAACUGAUUCCUACCGAUUACUAUGCAAGAAGACCCCUAUGUGAUACAGGCUACUACGAGAAAUUCAACCGGGACCAUGUCGACAUCGUUGACAUCAAGGAAACGCCUAUAACGCAUUUCACGGAGAAAGGAAUUAGAACCUCUGAUGGCACUGAACAUGAACUGGACGUGGUGAUAUGCGCAACAGGCUUCGAAGCUGUUGAUGGCAACUACACCCGCAUUCCUAUCAGGGGCCGCAAAGGGGAGACGCUCAAGCGGCGAUGGGCAGAAGGUCCAAGCUCAUACCUGGGUGUUUCGGUUCCCGACUACCCCAAUCUCUUCAUGAUACUAGGUCCGAAAGGGCCUUUCACCAACCUGCCACCGAGCAUUGAGACACAGGUGGAAUUUAUCUCUGGCCUGAUUUCACAUACGAACAAUCUAGCUCCAGCUCUUGUCAACGGCACCAGAAGGGCUGUGGUAGAGGCAACAGCUGAAGCGGAGGAGGAAUGGAGUGACGUUUGUGACAAGCUGAGUGCGAAUAGCCUCUUUCGGAAGAGUGAUUCGUGGAUCUUUGGGGCCAAUGUUCCUGGAAAGCGUCCCACAGUUCUCUUCUACUUCGGAGGUUUACGAAACUACCGCACGGUUCUUGAUGGUGUGAUUAAGGCGGGAUAUAAGGGCUUUCUGGGUUGCUAG